AUGUGGUGUCUGGAGCAACUUCGCCUGGGUCCCGAAGGCCUCUUGCGGCGUGGGGACUGGUUUUUUCGCGGUCGAGUCCAUCGGUCGGCAAACAUCCGUUCUACUGGGUUUGCUAACGUGCUCACGCCAGACUGCAUCCCGGAGUUCUGCAUCCCGCCGCGACUCCCGUCUAGAUCGGGCCUGGCUUCGCUCCGAAACUUCUUAGGCCAAGAGUGGGGGGCAAACGAGGGCGCGGCCCGCACGGAUUGGGACCCGAGGUCCCAGGCCGCGCUCUCGCUGCCGCACCUGCCCCGCGCGCCCACCACCUACGGCUUCUGCGCGCUGCUCGAGAGCCCGCACACCCGCCGCAAGGAGUCGCUCUUCCUCGGGGACCCCAGUGCCACCGCCGCGCUCCUGCUACUGCCCGCCGCCCGGCCCGCACCCCGCCCCCGGGCGCACACCUACAGCGGCGGAGGGGGAGACGGACCCCGUGAGCCACAGAGCCCCCUGCGAGCCCCGAGCCGAGCCCCCACCGCCACGCCUGCCCCCGGCAGUGCACGUCCGCACUGGGACCCAGUCAUUCCCCGGCCUCGGGGUCGCCGCCUUCUGCGCGCCCCCGACGGGCUGCUGCGCCGCACGCUCUGGGCACGGAGGAGUUGUGGCCUGGCUCGUGCUCGUUCCGUCUCCAGCGGGGACGAGGACGAGGAGGAGGAGCAAGUCGUCGGCUCCAGACGCCAGGUCUCCGACCCAUCCGCGUCCGCGACACUACCGUCACUAAGCCCACAGCCCCAGCGCCUGGAGGCCGAGGGCACAGUGACUCUGAGCCACUGCGGUGGCGUCCUGCGCCUGGCCGCCGAGUACUGCCCCGGUAGCGGGCACCUUCGCAUCCGCCUGCUGCGCACUGAGGGCCUGGCAGGGACCGAGACCCGUGCCAUCAGCUACCGCCUCAGUUUUGUCCUGCAGCCAGCGGGCAAGACUCGCAAGCAGCGCAGCGCAGUGGUUCUGCGAAGUCACAAGGCCGUCUUUGAUCAGGACUUGUGCUUGGACGGCCUCUCAGAGGACAAGGUGCGCCGCAUGGCGGUGUGUGUCAAAGUGGAGAGCAAAGGCCGUGGCCUGGAGCGGGGCCGCCUGCUGGGCCAGGGCGAGCUGCUCCUGGGCUCCCUCCUGCUGCUCUGA